AUGCAGCAUUUGAGAAACUCAUUAACACACUACCACAACGUGGUAUACUCCCCGCUAUCUCAUACACAUACACCCACCCACAACGUGACAUACUCCCAGCUUGCCCAUGCACAUACACACAUCCACAACGUGGCAUACUCCCAGCUUGCCCAUGCACAUACACCCACCCACAACGUGGUAUACUCCCCGCUAUCUCAUACACAUACACCCAUCCACAACGUGACAUACUCCCAGCUUGCCCAUGCACAUACACACAUCCACAACGUGGCAUACUCCCAGCUUGCCCAUGCACAUACACCCACCCACAACGUGGUAUACUCCCCGCUAUCUCAUACACAUACACCCAUCCACAACGUGGCAUACUCCCAGCUUGCCCAUGCACAUACACACAUCCACAACGUGGCAUACUCCCAGCUUGCCCAUGCACAUACACCCACCCACAACGUGGUAUACUCCCCGCUAUCUCAUACACAUACACCCAUCCACAACGUGGCAUACUCCCAGCUUGCCCAUGCACAUACACACAUCCACAACGUGGCAUACUCCCAGCUUGCCCAUGCACAUACACCCACCCACAACGUGGUAUACUCCCCGCUAUCUCAUACACAUACACCCAUCCACAACGUGACAUACUCCCAGCUUGCCCAUGCACAUACACACAUCCACAACGUGGCAUACUCCCGGCUAUUUCAUACACUUACGCACAUCAACAACGUGACAUACUCCCCGCUCGCUCAUGCACAUACACCCAUCCACAACAUGAAAUAUUCCCCGCUGCCCAACAACGUGCCAUAUUUCCGCUCGCCCAGACACAUACUCACACUCACUACGUGGCAUAUUUGUGUAUGUGUAUGGGCGAGCAGGGAGUAUACCACGUUGUGGGUGUGUGCCUGUGUACGAGGGAGCGGGGUGAAUAACACGUCAUGGGAUUGUGGGAGCUGGUUGGAUACCACGCUGUGGGUUUGUGUCUGUGAAUAG